GAUGGCCCACACGAGUCUCCAUACGGGACCUCGAGAUAGGUGGGGUGGGGCCAGAACCCAGACUUCAGUUUGGUGACUCCCCUGGGGCCCUUCCAGGGCUUCUCCAUAGGAGCAUUCCACAGGCCCACUGCCAAAGGAAUCUGGACCUUUACUCUCCCCCACCAGCUUCAUGGUGAAGUGGAAAUAAACUCUUCAUAUUCACUGGAAUAUAGAAACAAGCACUUAUACUGUCUUUGUACUUGGCAAGUUUGGAUGAUUAUAAUUACCUUUCCCAGGUCUCCCGUGGAGCAGUCAGCUCUAUUGUCCUUGUAGACCUCUUCCAAGCCUUAUACAUCGUCACACUUGAUUUGAUGGUUUGUACAAAAAAUGGAAAGGGAUUAAGUUAUUGCAUACGUUUCUCUGCAAUGUGUCAUCUCAUAGAGCACAGUAAACCUUUGUAGGCCAGCCAGAUGAGGCAUUAUGGCCUUAUUCAUGCCUAUAAUAUCCCAUAAAGGUCAUUUUCCUCAGUGAGUCAGCCUUUCAGUGCUAUUGGGCCUUGACAGGAUCCAAGUCCGCUGCCAUCUCAACUGUGCUGCAGGUAGCUCUUUAGUGUGUCCUGAUAGACUGCAUUUGUUUGCUAGGGCUGCCAUAACAUGGGAGCAAGGGUUGGGUGGAUGUUUCCUGAUGCCCCUGGCCCGGCACCGGGCUCCAUCUUUGUAGAGCUUUGCACAGGAUAUCGUCGAAGAGCUGGUCCACGAGUCCCACUACUCCAUCUACUGCGUCAAGGUGCAGGUGCACCAGGCCCCUGACACUAUCCAGGCCUGGACUGAGUGUGAAGAUGAGUUAACUCUUAACCUAAACGAGGCCUGGGGGAUGCGGGCCCUCCAGGAAGGCACACUGAAGAAGGUGGUGGAGUCCGUGGUACCAGCUGUCUUGGGUGGAAACAUCUCCCACAUCUCCACCUUCAUGUUCAUCCACCCGGCCUUCUCCAUAGCCCAACAGGUCCUGGACCAACUGUUUACUAGGUCCUGUCUACCAUCCAUCAGAUCCGAUGCCAUCAAGGUCUCUACAUCUGGAGUCAUGUCCCCAUAUAUUGACCAGAGUGACACACCACAGGACCAAGUGAAAAAGGCCAUUGCUUCUAUGGUGGGAAUCUGGCCGGACCAGGUGCAGAAUUUGGGCCAGCUCCUAUUUUUCCUCUGGUUCAAGCUGAAGCAGGGCUUUGUGCAAGUUAACUCCCCUGCCUCACAACUGAUGGACCAUGUCCUCCUUCCUUGGAUCAAGCUGGAACAUCUGGAGCUUCCUGAGGCACAGCUGGAAGGUGAGGGGACAGCAACCUGGGAAGAUGAUCUGGGGAGAGAGGAUUCCUGGGCUGGAGCUCCCUCACAGGCAGUGGUAUCUUUUCUGUCUUUGGAAAGGCACGGAAAAGUCAUGCAUGUGUGUGAAACCUGUGUCUCUCUCCUGUUCCAGUACCACCUCCAGAGCUCCAGAACCCUCCAAAGCCAGAGGAAGGGCCCACUCCGGGGCCAGAGCAUGCGCCAGCUAUGCUAGUGCUGGAGCCAGCAUCACCUCUGAAUGAAAGUGGAUGUCACCACUUUGAGGCCCAGCUCAUGGAUACAAUCACCCAAGCAUGCUCUUCCAGCCGCUCUUCUCUUACACCUCACUAGGUAGAGUCAACCCUAAAGGCAGUCUUUAGAGCCUCAAAGUUGGUCUUGGCAGAUGCUCCAUCAGCCUGGGUCCCUAAUAACUGUGUGGCCUGUUUACCUGCUAAGUACAGUCACAUGAACGAGACAUUCAUUUUUAUUGUGUGCAAGCCAUGAUAUAUAUCUUCUGAAAACUUUGUUUUCUAACACUAAGCCUAUCCUAAUACAUUUACAUAAAAGCAAUUUUCUGAAAGUUCACUCUUAUUAAUUUUUUCUGGCAUAAACUUUGCCACCUCUGUUACUUCUUAUGGCCAACUAAUCAAC